AUCUUAGUAUUUAGAUCAAUAUCUUUAUAUUAACAACAACAGACUUGUAUGUGAAAGAAUUUGCUCAUAAUGAUGAACCAACAGCAAAGUUUCUCUUCUAUUGAGCUUCCUGCCUCACAACUUUCCCGUAAAGAAAAGUUGACAUACCUUUCAAACGUAUUCAUAUAUAUUAUUUUACUGACAGAAAACACGUGGCAUCAGCCAAAUAAAACAAACGCUGUUGAGUGAAAAGACACUCAUCAUCCUUAUCGCACCUUAUGCGAUAAGGAUGACACUCAACGCAGUGCUAAUAAUUUUAUGAGCUCUUGAUUGAGUGCCAAUAGUCUUGGGAGUAUAAACAAUUGCAGGAAGGUGGGGAAACAAAAUAUGGAUGUGCGUAUAUCCUUUAUGCAUCUUCCCUUGGAACGCUCAUACACAUAUAACUAUCCGUCAAUCAGACCUCCCAGUGCAGGCUGACGGUCCAUCAGUGGAGCAAGUGAUCCAGGCAUAAAGAGUUUGUUUAACUGAGCCAACUAUGUCUGGGGCCAAAACCAAGACUGAGGUCCUCACGAUAGACGAGGCGGGAGAGGAGGAGAGAGCCACGAGCAGCACAAGCGAGAGGAGACGCAUAUACGAGGAGUAUGUGCAGCCCUGCCUGGCCGAGCUGAUGGGGAGCUGCCUCUUUGUGCUCGUCGGCUGCGCGUCCGUCAUAGGGAACAUGGGGACAGCCGGCGUCCUCCAGCCGGCGGUGGCGCACGGACUGACGCUGGGAGUGCUCAUCGUGGUGUUUGGGCAAAUAAGUGGGGGCCACUUCAACCCUGUGGUGUCUCUGAGCGUCUGCCUGUGUGGAGGGAUGAAGUUCCUCCUGCUGGCGCCCUACAUUGUGACUCAGAUGAUCGGAGGGAUGAUUGGUGCUGGUUUGGCCAAGGCAAUGUACCCCUCCAACUUGUACGACGCCGCCCUCGGAGGAGCCCUCCAACCCAGCAGCAGCGACCUGGUUAAAGCCAUGCUGGCAGAGGUGCUGAUGAGCCUGAUCCUCACCACGGUGGUGUGCAUGGGUGCCGUCAACGGCCAAACCCGCUCACCGUCGGCUCCGUUCUGCAUCGGCCUCACUGUGACGGCCAACAUUCUAGCAGGAGCUGCGCUGUCCGGAGCCUGUAUGAACCCUGUCCGGGCCUUUGGCCCUGCAGUGGCUGCCAACCAUUGGGUCCAUCACUGGAUCUACUGGGUUGGACCCACCUGCGGCGCGCUGCUCACUGUCAGCUUCAUCAGGUUGAUGUUCGGUGACCGGAAGACUCGGGUUUUGCUCAAGUGAAUGUCCAAAAGAGAGGACAAGGACAUUCCCGAGGUGACUCAACGACACUUUUUUCAUUUUGACAUCCACACAUUUCUCCAACUAAACGACUGUAAUAUUGAAAUUUGUCAGGAAAACGUGUACAAAUAGACUUCAAUAGUAUUUAAACUUGGAUCAGCUCCCACUGCCAGCUCUCACUCAACGGCAUGCUUGUAUUUGAAGAUUCAAUAAAGUGUUUGAUGAUAUGAUAUGGUGUCUGAUAAGUCCUCCUCAGCUGGACUUGGUUGCUGGUUGAAAGGCUAGGGGGACAAUCAUAACGUCCAUACUUACAAUUUCGAAUCACACUUUGUUUGGGUCAAAGUCUUGAAUGGAAAACCAUGAUUUAAUAACUUUACAAGGUGCUACAAGGACAGGGCACUGCCCUAUACAAUAAAGCUACAGUAGAUUAGAAUCAUAAACGAAAUGCCCUCAGGCUGAUACAUCCCUUAUUUGGUGUCACUGGUGGAAUAAGUAGUCAGAUCCUUUAAGAAAAAAAACUAAAAUUCUACACAUUUAAAGUGUACAAGCAUAAGUCCUGCACUAAGGUGGAUAUCAGUAAAAAAACAAAAACAUACUGUGCUGUAUAUUAAUAGAAUUAUUAUCACCAAUGCAAUUAUAUAUGUCAGGUGGCUUUUGCUGUUGCAGUUGGUUGAUGGAAAUCACUGCAGCUACAUAUUGUUGGGCAGUUAAUGCAACAAAAUUUCUCAGUUUCAUAAAUUUCAUGACAUUUCUGUGUAGAAAAAGAAAGAAAAGAAAAGAUCUGUCCGUGCAAAAAAUAUUUAAUGGGAUUGUGAGAUAAUGAGGUAGGGAAAAGUACUAUAUUUGUUAAAUUUACUCCUUUGGAACGUGAGACGUGCAGAGACGAAAUCAACCUUUCACAUUUCUAGAUGCAGUAACAGUCAAGAAAUGAGGCAUUAAAAAAAAAAAAAAUCCCCUUCUGAAUAGACCAGGACAAGUAUAGAGUGAAAUUGAAA